UACCGGUAGUUUAGCUUUGUGUUUCUGUGGAGUACGGUAGGUUUUUGAAUUUAGCACAACAUGCUCGUGCCAAUUUUGUUUUGUUUGCUGCUAUUUGCGAUUCUACGAUUAAUUUGGAUUCUUAAACAUCUUGGAAGUGGACUAAACUUGAGUGGUCAAAAAGUUAAAGUACUCGCGAUUGCAGGGUCAGGUGGACACACGGCAGAACUGCUGCGAUUGCUAUCAGCUCUUUCUUCGAAUUAUCGUCCUAUCUGUUAUGUAAUUGCGGACACUGAUAAAAUGAGUGCAAAUAAAAUACAACAGUUUGAAACGGACAGGAAGGUUGAUGAGAAUGACGAAGGUUAUUGCAUAGUAACAAUUCCAAGAAGUCGAGAAGUUGCCCAGCCAUGGUUAAGCAGUGUAUGGACAACACUCGUUGCCACUGUUUCCUCAUUUUCAAUUGUUUGGAAUAGCAAUCCUGACCUACUUUUAUGCAAUGGACCUGGAACCUGCAUUCCAUUAUGUUUUAUAGCAUUUCUAUACAAAUUUUUAGGUAUUGGUCAUUGUCAAAUCAUAUUUGCUGAAAGCAUCUGUCGAGUAAAGUCACUUUCACUAUCAGGACUGAUUCUGUACCAUUUCUGCGACAAAAUGUUUGUGCAGUGGAAAGAACUUCAUGAAAAAUAUCCUAAAUCUAUGUAUGUUGGAAGAAUCGUGUGAUGUUGGCUCAUUGAUAUGCUGGGUAAAAGUGUUGAGGAGCAGCCAAAAAGUUUUAUUUUCCUACCAAUGAAGCUACUUUAUACACAAUGCUAGGCAGUUUGCAUGUCGAGCAUUCAAGAAUAUGUAUACAAUUGAAGUAAUAAACUUUGCAAUGAAAUGAAAUGGGGAGACUCAAAUUUGUUUAUUUGUCGCCAACUGUAACGACUUCACUCAUUCUGGAAAGAUGCUGGCGUUAUUUACUUAUUACACACACACAUAUAUAUAUGCAAAGAAGUAGAGAUUUAUUAUAAAAUAAAUAAAAAUGAAACAUCUUUUUAGUCCUUGUAUUAACCGAAU